AUGGCUUUGAUUCAGGGGAAAUGGGUUAAGGUUGAUCAGAAGGGAAUUGGGCCUGGAGCAAGAAGCUCACAUGCCAUCACCAUGGUUGGGGAAAAAGUUUAUGCCUUUGGUGGUGAAUUUACCCCAAGAGUCCCUGUUGAUAACAAAUUGUAUGUGUUUGAUCUCACUGAGAAAACAUGGUCAGUGGCAGAUGCAACAGGGGAUAUCCCUCCGCCCCGUGUUGGUGUCGCCAUGGCGGCGGUUGGUGACAAAAUUUAUGUGUUUGGAGGUAGAGAUGGAACUCACAAGGAGUUGAAUGAACUGUAUUCGUUUGACACCAGCACUAACAAGUGGACACUUCUUUCCAGUGGCGAAACCGGCCCACAAAGCCGCAGCUACCACUCCAUUGCGGCUGAUGAUCAGCGAAUCUAUGUGUUUGGUGGUUGUGGUGUUUCCGGCCGGCUAAAUGAUUUAUGGUCUUAUGAUGUAAGUGAGGGGAAAUGGAUCGGAUUUCCAGUGCCUGGAGAGAAUUGUAAGCCUAGAGGAGGCCCUGGAUUGGCAUCCUCAUUAGGCAAGAUUUGGGUUGUGUAUGGUUUCUCAGGACAGGAGCUAGACGAUGUUCACUAUUUCGAUCCUGUCCAGGAAAAUUGGACCGAAGUGGAGACAACGGGCAAUAAACCAUCCGCCCGGAGCGUGUUUUCAAUCCUUGCAAUUGGGAAGUACAUAUUUGUUUAUGGCGGGGAGAUAGAUCCAAGUGAUUUAGGUCACUUGGGUGCUGGGAGAUUCGCGGCAGACGGGUAUGUUUUGGAUACAGAGAAACUGGUUUGGGAAAAACUGGAGGAUGGGAAAAAUGGUGCUGAUGAGCAGGAGCAUCCAGGGCCAAGGGGAUGGUGCGCAUAUGCAGGUGGGAAGCUGAAUGGUGAAGAGGGACUGUUGGUUUAUGGAGGCAAUUCACCUAGUAAUGAUAGGCUUGAAGACAUUUUCUUCUUCUCUCCAGCAUUUGCAACUGGAAACUGA